CAGGAAGUGUCCAGGAGCUUAUUAAAUUUCCGCAGCCGGAGCUCGUUGUGUGAGAAACCCGGCUUCAAUCAGUCAGAAGUCUACUGGUGGAAGAGGCAGCAGUAGAGCAACGCACUUCUCCGCCCUCCAGCCUGUCAGAGAUUGGAGGUGGGCCUUCCAAGCCGCCAUCAUGCCGCUCAAUCAGCUUCUGCUCUCCAUCUACAUCCUCACCUUCCUGAUUGGAGUUCCCACCAACAUCCUGGCCUUCUGCACCUUCUGUUGCAAGCUACGCCGCAAGCCGACACCCAUAGACGUGCUCCUCCUGAACCUCACCAUCUCCGACCUCCUUUUCCUGGCCUUCCUGCCCUUCAAAAUGAAGGAGGCGUACGACGGCAUGGUGUGGCUGCUGCCGUUCUCGCUGUGCCCCCUGACCGGCUUCCUGUUCUACGUGACCAUCUACAACAGCACUCUGCUGCUGACGGCUGUCAGCGUGGAGCGCUACCUGGGCAUGGCCUUUCCCUUCCAGUACGCGGUGUGCCGCCGGCCUCGCUACGCCGUGUGGGCCUGCAUCAUGUUCUGGGCAGUGUCUCUGUCCAACCUCAGCUUUGUCUACAUCUUACCUUACUCCCAGUGGAGCGAGGGCAACCACGGCUACAGCCACAACGUCAGCAGCCCAACUGCCCCGCCACCCACCUGCUACAUGGAGUUCACCCCAGAGGAGCUCAACAUCGUCAUGCCCGUCCGAUUGGAGCUCUUCCUCAUGCUCUUCUGCAUCCCCUUCCUCAUCACCUGCUUCUGCUACAUCAACUUCAUCCUCAUCCUGUCCCGCCUCCCCAACAUCAGCCGGAGGCGGAGGCUGCGCUGCAUCGGCUUGGCUCUCGGCACGCUGGUCGUCUUCACCGUCUGCUUCGGGCCAUACAACGCCUCCCACGUGGUCGGCUUCGUCCGCCAGGAGAGUGAGGAGUGGAGGAGCAUCGCCCUGCUCUCCAGCACCCUCAACGCCUGCCUGGACCCCUUAAUCUUCUACCUGUCCUCGUCGGUGGUCAGGUCCACGCUGAACCGCCUCUUCAGAAGCGUGGCGGAGAAGCUGCACAUCCUGCGCUGUGGAGCAGCGCCUCCCAACCCUGAACCCAAACUCCCAAAGACCGAGAAGUACAAGGAAGAAGCCCCACCAUGAAAGCUCAAGCCAGUCUGUCUUGUAAAUAAUUGAUGCUGACUUUUCAAUGUUGAAGCAGCAGAUGUUCUAAGCUUAUCUGCUGGAGCAGUGUCAAAGACCAUAGAUCCACAUGAUGUUCAGGCUUUGUUUAAAUCCAGGAUUUUUACAGUUUCAGCUUUAAAGAUGAAGUCAGAAGAAAUGAUGAGCGAUGGAAUAAAAAGUUGUCUUCUGUUUUUACAACCACAGACUAUGUAAAAUGAUCGAUAACGGUCCCCUUUUUUAGAAUUUACAUUUUCAUAUGGCUCCAACAACCUCUUAAACACUUAAACAGGUGUUAAAUGUUUCCAAACAACUUCAGGAUUAAAGAAGAUCAUUACGUUUGCAGCCCUGCAGAUGGCAGAUGAAGGUGAAUCAGCUUUUGAUCUGUUACCCAUGGUCUUUCAAUAAUGAUUAGGUUGUUUUUAUCCAAAAUGAUUUGAUCAGUUUUGAGCCAGAUGAGUUCCUUAGACAAGCACAACGAAGAUGUACAUGGAUCUAGUCAUCUAAAGUGAAGCAGGGCAGGAAGCUUGUGGCCCGCCGAUUGUAGCUUCUUUAUAAAUGUAAUUUUGAGCUUAAUUGUAUUAUAUAUGUCCUCCAUCUUGAGAAAAAUACCACAAGAACAUGUUAAAAGCACAUUUUUAUUGGAGUAGGACUUUAAAAACGAAUGAAAAUGUGUUCAGGAAAGCACAUGGAGGAGAAGAAGACAUUCCUGCAAGUUCAUACUAUGGUCCAAGGAGCUUCAACAAACUUCUAUACCUUUGUAUCAAUGUGCUUUGUUGGAGGGAUGUUUCUGUAGAACUUGCUCAGCUUGUAAUAUUGAAAUGUCCAUAAACACUUGCAGGUGAUGAUAGGCAUCAUCAGAACCUGUCAUACACCUAUAGACUACCUGAUCUCUGUGGAGACUCAUAAAACCUUCCAGCUGAAA